AUGGCAUUUAUUUAUAAUGGAAACUGCACAAUGGUGACAGAGUUCAUUAUUUUGGGGUUGACAGAGAAUGCUAUAAUUUGUACCAUUUUGUUUGUUGUGUUUGUAGGAAUUUAUGUUGUCACCUUAGUGGGCAAUGUCACCAUAAUCAUGUUAAUCAGAAGCAGCUCUCAACUACAUACCCCAAUGUACCUUUUCCUCUGCCAUUUGGCCUUUGUAGACAUUGGGUACUCCUCAUCAGUCACACCUGUCAUGCUCACAGGCUUCCUUAGGAAGGGAACUUUUAUUCCUUUGGCUGGUUGUGUAGCUCAACUCUGUUCUGUGGUGACUUUUGGGACAGCUGAGUGCUUCCUGCUGGCUGCCAUGGCCUACGAUCGCUACGUGGCCAUCUGCUGGCCCCUGCUCUACUCCACCCACAUGUCCCCUGGAGUCUGCAUGCUCUUAGUGGGGGCUUCCUACCUAGGUGGAUGUGUGAAUGCUUGGACAUUUACUGGCUGUUUACUAAGUCUGUCUUUCUGUGGACCCAAUAAAGUCAAUCAUUUUUUCUGUGACUAUUCACCACUUUUGAAGCUUUCUUGUUCUCAUGAUUUUACUUCAGAAAUAAUUCCAGCCAUCUCUUCAGGCUCCAUCAUUGUGGUCACUGUGUUUGUUAUUGCCGUCUCUUAUGUCUACAUCCUUUUCUCAAUCCUGAGGAUGAGCUCCACCGAGGGGCGACACAAGGCCUUCUCCACCUGCACCUCCCACCUCACUGCGGUCACUCUGUUCUAUGGGACCAUUACCUUCAUUUAUGUGAUGCCCAAGUCCACCUACUCCACUGACCAGAACAAGGUGGUGUCUGUGUUCUACACGGUGGUGAUCCCCAUGCUGAAUCCCCUCAUCUACAGUCUCAGAAACAAGGAGGUUAAAGAGGCUAUGAGAAAAUUGAUGACGAGAACUCAUUGGUAG